GGAAAACGCUCUGCAUUUGCGGAAGUGUCAAUCUCUGUGUGUUUUCUGCGAUGCGUUGUGUGUGAUUGUGAACUUAUUGCUUUGAUUGUGAUGUCGGUGCUCUACAUGGAUAAAUUAAGUCGUGUUUAUGAGCGUUAUAAGGAGUAUGUGAGGACGAACCCGGCGGCCGCGUCUCAUCUGGAGAGCACAGUGCGCGCGCUGAGUUACCUGAUCGCAGGUCGCUUCUCAGACUCUCAUGAAAUCUCAGAGUUGGUCUACUCAGCAUCUAACCUGCUAGUGCUGCUGAAUGAUGGCAUCUUAAGGAAGAAUCUUUCUCGGACUUUGACUGUGUCUCUUUCUCAACAGAAGCUGUUAACCUGGCUGUCAGUAUUGGAGUAUGUGGAGGUUUUCACUGAGAUGGGGGCCGCCAAGCUGUGGGGGGACGCUGGACGUUGGCUUGUUAUUGUUCUUAUUCAGAUUGCCAAAGCGAUUCUGCGCUGUCUCCUGCUUUUCUGGUACAAAUCAGGCAUCCAGACAUCACCACCUAUAAUUCCUCUGGACAGGGACUCUCAGCUCUGUAGUCAAGAGAACAAUACAGAAGAAGAUGACGAGGACACGUCUUUCGUGGGCCAGCGUUCAGGAAGAGUGGUCCGUCCACUGGGAAGCGCACCAUCAUUACAGUCUCGUCUUUGGGGUCUCCCUCAGAAAAUGAAAAUGAGUAGGAAUCAGGAAGAGGAUCUCCACUCAAGCCCGACCGCUCUGGGUCUGCAAGAAACCAUUGCAGAGUCCCUGUACAUCGCACGUCCUCUUGUUCAUUUGGCCAGUCUUGGGAUUUGCGGAAAACGUUCCUGGAAGCCUUGGAUCAUCUCUGGUCUCUUAGAGAUAACCAGUUUCAGUUUGUUGAGUGACAUGAAGGCGCUGAACCGAAGAGAGCGCGCUGAGAUGAGGAGACGGGCCUUCCUUCUGCUCUACUACCUGCUCCGCUCACCCUUCUAUGACCGAUACUCUGAGACGAAGAUUCUCUUCCUCCUUCGCUUCUUGGCAGAUUAUGUUCCCGGAGUUGGUUUGGUUGCACGUCCGCUGAUGGAGUACUUGCCCAUUUGGCAGAAGAUCUACUUUUAUAACUGGGGCUGACGUCAAGGUCUGCGCCGCCAAAAAAAAAAAAGUAGAGAAUAAGAGGAAGCCAUUUGGAGGAUGCUACAGCGACAACAAGGACUCAAUCACACCUGUGCCAGAACAUUACCACAUUUAUUGAGGAGGUUUGUAGUCAGUCAGUAACAGAUGCACUGCUGGUCUCUGAGAUAUGGAUAUAUAAAUUGUCCGAUUGCUGUUUUUCUUAUCUCUUUUAGCUUUCACAUAAUUUUAUGCAUCUGAGCCUUUUUUCCACCACAUUUUAUGCACUUAUAAACAUCUGUUGUCAAAUGAAUGUUUUGGCCAAACUUCAAGCUCUCUCAUCUCGUUAUCUAUCCCUAAUCAUGAAUGCCUUCUUUCUAAUUUAGAUGGUUCAUUCCAGGGAACGGUUUUAUUGACCGGCUGAAAUGAAUUAAACAGUCUUUCUCUGUUUCUGUCUGAUUCAUCCUCAAGAGUUUUAUGGCAUGGAUGGGAUGAAGCUGAAUCUGAUACUUUUAAUUGUUGCUACAUUUGCUCAUUAAAUGGAAUAAUCCGUCAAUGAUGAAGGUCCACUGUUGUUUCACAGGACUCCAAUGAGACUUUGGUAUCUAAACCAGCAUAAUGAGCGUGUUUUUACACUGUGAAAAAACGAGUCUCUGUUUGAAAGCCCAUCAUGAUUUUGUUUGAAAAACCUGCAACAAAAAUGAAAAGCAUGACUUUUUUGAAAUGCUGAUAAUUGGUUUUGUAUAUACUUCUGUGCAUUUAAUAAAUCUUUAAAUAAUAAGAGUC